AUGAAAGACGACAUCAAGAGUUCGUUGGAGGCCGAGAGGGAGAAGGAGCAGGGGAACGCCUUCUUUUCCCAGGGGGACUAUGAGCUGGCCAUAUUCCACUACACCAGGAGCAUCAACUACCGGCCCAAGUGCUCCAUCCUGUACACGAAUCGGUCCUUGGCCUAUUUCAAGAUCGGGUCCUUCCAGGAGAGCCUCGAAGACGCCCUCAAGGCCAAGGAGCUAGACAGAGACAACCUCAAAAGCUACUACCGCAUUUGCGAAGCGUACAGUGCGCUCAAGGACGAGGAGAACUACAGGAAGUAUGAGCGACUGUACAGGGAGAAGCGGAGCAGCCAAGGGGCACAAACGAAGAGAGGCGAGGAGACGACUGCUAGGAAAGGAACAGAUGGUGACUUCCCCACGAGUGGGAGUCCACUCGGGAAGGGAACCACCCAAGGAAUGACCCAGCAGAGGAGCAUCAAACAGAGCGACGAGCUGAUGCACCUGGGCGAAACGGACCACACGAACAGAUUCGUCUUCAUGAAUCAACCAGAGAUAAACGACGGAAUGUCCAAUUUCGCUUUUGAAAAAAAAAGUUACAGAAAUAAUUUCCUCAUAGAGGAAGUGUACGACUUUGACGUGAACAGGAGGGGGAAGGGACCGACCAAUGGAGCCCCGCAUGGCGGCGCGUAUGGCGGAGCGCCGAAAAGGAAAGAAGGCAACACUUCUCACAGCGCUGCUCGUGCCGAUGGGGACUCCCAGAAGAAACCCCCAGUGAGCCAAGCCGAUCUACUGGACGAUGUGGAACUGUUUCUAAACAACUUGGCAGACAUAUGCAUGCACCCCCUCCCUUUCAUUUCUGUUCCCAUUGAAAGGGAAACGAAAAAAGGAAAAGCUGGCAGUUACCAUAAUGCCAAUGUGAAGACUUUGAAAGGGAAAGCAGACGAGCUUUUCGCGGAGAGGAAAUUCGAAGCUGCCCUGGAACUGUACAACGAGGUUAUUCGCGAGCACGACAGCGAACGCGGAAUAUACUACUGCACAGCGCUGAGCAACAGAAGCGCCUGCCACGUCGAAAUGAAGAAGAUCCGGAGCGCCCUCUGCGAUGUGAGCAACACGCUGAGUAUCCUCUUUUCAUUUUUCCAAGCACAUAGAGAGGAUAUAAAGCGCGCCAGCAGUGCAGCAUCCCCCUCCUCCGGUGCACACGAAGAGGCGGCAGCAUUUCUUCCAACAGAUUUGGAGCUUUAUAAAGACCCCAAGGGAAUCUACUCCCAGGCGCAUAAAUUGGUAAUAAAGCUACUCUUCAGAUAUGUGAAACAUUCACACCAGUAUAGAAAAAAUGGGUGGACACCCUCAGACGCAUGA